AUGGAUCAGAAGCACCCCCUGGCAGCUUUCACAGCCCUGAACGACCGUGUCUUCAUCUACAAGCCGCUUGAAAAGGGUGAUCCAGAGCCUGUAACGGCUUCUCAAAAGCCUUCAAUCCCGGAUUUAGUGGUCGUCUGUGCGUGGGCAUUUGCGCAACCACGGCACAUCGCCAAGUACCUCGUUCACUACCACAGCCUAUACCCGCGAGCAAGAAUUCUUCUGCUUUUCAACACAGUGCACAACAUGCUGUGGAGACCCGACUGGAUGCAGAUGGAAGAUCUCCGGCCGGCGGUCUGGGCGGUUGAGGAAUGUCUCGACUCCUAUAAUUCACAGGCGAAAGCGACUACGACUACAGUGAACGAGGCUGGUACUAGGGCUGACAGCAAGCAAAAACAAGAACCCACAGUGGUCUUCCACAUCUUCUCCAAUGGUGGCGCACACAUGGCGGUGCAACUCGCACAGGCAUACCGCGACAACAUAAGAAUGUCGCCGUCACUUUCCCCAAACUCAACAGCAGUCAAGAAGCAGCUUCCCAUCUCGGCGCUUAUCUUCGAUUCUUGCCCCGGACACGCCAGGUACAGCACAGCGGGCAAGACGACGCUUUCAUUCCUCCCGAAAGACGCACAUGUCACUCGCGCUCUCGCCAUGCCGCUUGCGUAUGCGGUCCUCGGAGUCGCCUACCUGUGUCAUGUUUCCGGCAUUGCGGAACAUGUCGUCAUCAAGCUUUGGCGCGAGCUGAACGAUCCCAAGGGGCCGUUUCUGUUCAAGCCGGUGGAGUUCAUCAGCAAUAUUCAUGCUACAAACAACACAGAAGUAAAUGGGGUCGCUGCAUUGACCGAAAGGGUCAUACCGCGAAUAUACAUCUGCAGCGAUGCGGACGACAUGAUACCCACCCACGAUAUUGUGGAGCAUGCCGCAAUAGCAAGGCGCACGACCGGCUUAAGCGAUGAGGCUGCCAGGGACGCCGUCCGAGUCGAGGAGUUCGUCGGGAGCAUGCACGUCAAUCAUGUUUCGCUGCACAAAGAGCGAUACUGGGAUGCGGUCAGGGAAACGCUAGACCGGAUUGAAUAA